CCAUUCCCCAUCGCCAACCAGUCCGCGGCCACCACGUAGAGAGAGAGAGAGAGAGAGAGAGAGCGCGGCGGCGGCGGAGGAGGAGGAGGAGGAGAAGUCAUGGCGCUUGUGGCGCAGGACAUCUACACCCUCGAGGAGCUCAAGUCCAUCAUCGGCUCCGGCGUGGCGUACCGCGUUCGUCUGCAUGGGGUCGAGUCCCUCGAGGAGGCCAUCACCAUGUACCGUACGCUGGACGACGCCGUGCAGUUCCGCGGUUGGGCGUGCCCCCAACUGAACAAGCUGGCCCUCGUCGCCGGCAUCGCCGCGGAGGUGGACCGCGUCAUCGACGAGUUGGUUCCCAGCCUCCUGGAGGACGACGAGAACAGGGUCCUGAUGCUUCUCCUGAAGAAUGCGGCCUGGUCUAUCCGGAACAACGGCAAGUUGGUCGACGCGGACGCCGGAGGCAUCUUCCGCGUCAGGAUGCACCCCAUCGCCAACCGCAUCCUCAAGGCCGUACGCCUCUUCCUCACCGCGCGCUCCACCCCAACCGGUCGCCGUGAUCGCCUCCACGCCAUCGUCUAUGAUCUCAAGAUCUUCCGCGAGUCCUACUACCUACCAAUCCCAUAGAUCCACUCACCGGUACAUGCGCCCCCCCCCCCCACCCACACGACUUGGUUCUCAGCGCUGCGAGUUUUGGUGGUCAUAUUGAUGCUGUCCAUAGCCUGUAGUUUGCUUCAAAUCGUGGUGUUCCUCUCCAAAGCUGUACGUACCUGAUGGAGGUUUUGAACGCCAUGGGUUGAUGGGUUACGAAAGUGAGAUUUGAGAUUCUGUUAGUGUUUCCUCUUGCUGCUUUGAGAUUUGAGGAUGAGAUAGUUCUUGCUGCUUUGUGAAUUGGGAUACGAUUGUUUCUGAUUAGUAUUGUGCAGUUACAAUACAAUGUCAUAUGGUGGAUAUAUUAGCUGAAAUCAAUUGCAAACUCAUUUUGGCACUUUCUGA